AAAAUUGCAGAAUAAAUAUUAAAAAAAUAACAAAUGCAAGUUUGAAUUUGUCAAAAAAUUAUGGUCGUUAAAAACCGACCAGUCCGCCGUGCCCUUUUUUUAUAUAGUAAGGCCAAGUCAUUACAUAACUACGAGAAACGGGCUGCGAAAAGUUUGCGUUUACUACGACAGAUCAGAGUGGUUCUGAUACUGACGUUGCGCACUGUAUUGGAAAAAAGGGGGCGAGAGGAGUCUGUGAGAAAAGCUGUUCAAGUGCAGAAAUCGUUAAAAAAACACCAGAAAAUGCUAACGUCCUUGAGAAGGUCGUUGAAACGGCAAGGCCGUGAGCUGCAGGCCACAUUCCAGGAGGAUAGGCGCUUAGAACGCAAGCUCCGAAAUUUGCAGCAGAAAGCCGAACGUCGCAUCAAUCUGAGAACUUUCCUGCAGACCUACUUUGCCGAUAUAAAAAAAAUAAUAGACUCAGAUCAGCCGUACAAUCCGAAGGUGCAAUCGGUUUUGUCACAUAAAACUCAAAACUAUUUUUUAACAGAGAGGAAUAAAUCGAAGGAUUUGAGGCCCGCAGUUCAGAUGCUACAAAAUGCUUUGAAUACAAUUGCAAAGCCUCGGUACAAAACGCAACGAUCAGUACGAUUUCAUCCGAAAUCAAAGAAAAUGAGUUAUGCAAAGCAAUGGAACCUUAAAGAUAGCCCCAAUGAGCAAAUAACAAAAUCCAAAGCAAGGAAACAUCGAAAGAUAAAUGUGGGAGAUGAGGAUCAAGUCGACAUACCCGAUGCUGCAGAAAGUUUAAAAACUUCUAUAUCCCAGGUUUUGCAUCCCAAAAAACGAAUGAGAUCGACGAAGAAGUUAAAUAAAAAGGAAGUGUUGGCCGAGGAAAUUCUAGACGUUUCGCUUCCCAAAACUCGUAAAAGCUUAAAGAAAAAACAUCGGAAAUGGAAAGAAGAUCCCGCAGACGACGUUACAGACGAGUCAUAUUGGAAGUCCCGAAAAAGAUUAAGAAAAGGGAAAAAAUUGCAUAAAAAAGAUGAGUCGAUAUAUCAAAUGGCAAACAUGCAGAAAACGUUACGGAAAAUGCAUAAAAGGCGACAGUCGAAGAAACGAAAAUCUGGAAACACACUGGAAUUCAACAUAAUGCAUUUUCUUCAGCGUUUACCCAAAUCUGAUAUGAAGAAGCGAAGACGCCAAACAAAUAUUGAAGAUGACGAGCUUGCGCCCUUCUUGGACGAAGUGAAUGAGUUAAAUCAGAAGCAAAGACGAACACUCUUAGGGGAGCAAUUGGCAAAUGACUCGAAAGACGAAAAAAUAAAGAAGAGAAAGGGUAAGGGUAAGCGCCUACCAAAAAUACGCUUAAGAAAAGAUAAUAGUGUUGACGCAGAAAGUCAACUUGCUUCGUACGAAUCGGGAGGCAAGUUGUCCAGUCUAAAAAAGCAGAGUAACUUAAAAACAGCGGAGAGAAUCCUAAAUAUGCUAAAUGAGGCAGCAAAUGAAACUAAACUGAAGUCGAAAAUGAAGGACCACCUGCAGAGAAUGCUUUUAAAGUAUAAAACUGAUGCGGGGAACCAGCGAUUGUUAUGGUCAAGAAAAGAUAAGAAACUCUUGUCCAAAAUCGAAUUGGCCGUGAAAUCGGACAACGUGUACAAAGAUAAUGUGCAUAAGUCAGGGAAGAAGAAGCGAAGAGUACCACUUUCAAAAACUGCAGCCGAAAUAGAGAACUUGCAGGCUGAGUUUGAAACGGUGGAAAAUAUCGUUCGUAAGUUUGAGCGAAAUGAAGGCAAUGAACAAAAGACAGAGGAAGAAGCGGAAGCCGAUUUGAAGAAGCUGGAGGUAAAGGUUAAAACUGUGGAGCAACUCGUAGAGGUUCUGCAGAAAUCAAAAAGUGCAAUGGAAGAGCCAUUGGAUGCCGAGACGUCAGCGGAUCUGGAGAAACUGGAGGAAAAAUUUAAAACUGUCAAACGGAUUGUUGAAUUGUUAAAUAAAGCAAUACAAGAAAGGAAGCCUCCGUCAGAGUCCAUAGUGGCAGCUGAAUUAGAUCGGCUAUACACUAAGUUUAAGACAAUGAGACGUGGCGAUCCGUUGCUAAAGUCAUUCGUAUACAGAAGGAAACAUCCAGACGAACAGAUGCCAAUGCAGGAUCAAUUGACAACUGGGAAGUCAACUGAUCCAUCUAAAGGCCAAAUCGGGGAAGUUAAAGUUUCGGAACCAGGCCCACCACCCCAUCAGAAAGGUAAGCAAUUUAGUAUAUCGGAAGAGCCCCCAGAUGUUGUCCCAAAUACCGUUUGGGAGAAUACGGAUAUAACAAGCAUUGAAGACAUAACGAGAAGCUCUGAUCUUUCCAAUAAGUCGGACCUGCCAAAAAUUGAACACACCAAGGCAACUGAAAAGCAGAAAUCAAGCAAGAAAAAAGAUUCAGGAAAAAAAGGAACCAUUAAAGCAGAGUCCAGCUUAGAACCAGUGGCAACGGUGGACAAUGUUAAUGCUUUAUCCGCCAAUAGGGUAAUGAAAUGGAAUAAGACACAUAGUGUUUUCAGCGCCAAAUUGCCGGUUACCGACUUACAUACCAAGCAGGAAACUCCACCCACAAAGGGGGACGAUUCAGAUCAGAUGGACGUGAAGCCAAAGCAAAGCUAUCUCCCUAAUGUACAAAAGUCGAUCCAUAAUGAUGUGGGGUAUAAGCCAGCACAGUCCUCCGCAACAGAAGAAAAUCCACAAAUUCCAGUUAAAAAGCAAGUCUCUUAUGUAACGUUCUCAGAUGCCAAAACGGAAAUUCCGCCCGUUCCAGCUCUAGUACCUCUGAUGCGAAGCCAACAAAGGGGGGAGGAAGAGUCUAGUGAUUCGAGCCUAACAUCCACCAAGCGGAAUCAGCGCGAGCUGAGAAAGCAAUUGGCUUUGAAAAGAGAGGAGGAGAACAAGCUUAUGAAUAAGGCCCAGCGGCUUUUCCAAAUAAUAGUGUCGCAAAAGGUUCCCCCUAAACAGUCCGAUAUAGACUUGCUCAAUGAGUAUGGCCGUGAACCACAGCAAUACAAUAACCGAUUGAGUUUGCUCUGCGCAAGGUUCAAUACUAGGAAGGAUAAAGAGCAGAGAUGCGAUCCAUAUUUCAUUGAGUACACCUACGAAAACAUAAUGCACGAGAUCGAGGAGGCCCAGAGAAAUCAAAGAGUAUCGGAUGAAUUGCGAAGCGUAAAGAGCCUCCCAUUGGACUGUUCCUCGAGCAAUGUACAAAAUACAAUCUUCGACAAUGAAUAUGUGGAAAAUUUGCGCCAAAAAUGGAAGAAUAUUUUUGAAAACACCGAGAAAUCGCCCAUGGAACUUCAAUUGGCAGCCAUGAGACAGAAAAAGUUAAAAGAGAUGGACAUGGCGGAGAAGGCGGAACGACAACGAAAAUCUUUGGAGCUUAGAGGUAUACGCGCACGAAGACCCCUCAGUGCCUUAUACAGUGAUCCGCGUUUGACGCAUCGUAUGCGCAAAGUGCUGGAGGAAAUUGGAGUUAUGGAAAGGCCAAAAGCGCCCAGGCGGAACUCCUGCCCCAUAUGUGGUAAACCGAAUGCAGUGAAACGACAGCACAGUGACAACAAUCAGUUCAAGGAUGUCAAGUCCACAUCCACGAUGGGCAGUCACUAUAGCGCAUCUGAACAUUAUAAGGACGCGAAAUGUGGACUCCAAGAAUGCUUUACAUGCACCCAACUGCCCGGAACUUUCUGAUGGCUUCACUCAAUUCCAUUACCUGGUAUUUGACUUGGUCGUUCAAAUUAUGAUGUGUUGAUAUGUUUAGUAAUAUUGUCAAGAGAGAGAUCCCAUUAUGUGCUCUUUAAAAGCAUUCUUCGCGGCUUUAAAGAGUACCUAAUGAGCUUUCUUUAGAAGACAUGGCUGAUAAAAUUAGUUACAGCAACAUA